AUGGCUGGCAAGAAAGCGGGAACAAAGAUCAACCUUGACUCUACACUGAGAAAUGAAAAUCAACGUGUGUCUGCAAAGCAAGGGAUUUUUGGUCCACAAGCAGACGUCUAUGACCAGAUGAAACUAAAAUGCGAAUACUGUGCGGAUUUUUCCGAACGCAUCAGUGAUCUUUCUGGUGGAAAACGCUUUAUUAAGAUUGAGGAUUUCGAAGAUGAGCUGCAAACCUAG